AUGGUCGUCAAAUCAAAACACACCAUCGACAUCCCACAAUGCAGUCUGCCAACCCUCAUCUUUGGCUCUCCGCAUGAGCCUCUACCCAGGGACAAGGGCUGCCUGUUCGACCACCUCCAUCCCAAAACCCGCUUCCUGAGCCGUCACACAUACCGACUAUGGGCUCAACGCCUCGCAACCGGGCUGCGCGCCGCGGGUCUACAACGGGGCGAUCGCGUCGUCGUCUUCAGCACAAAUCAUCUCUUCUACCCCGUCAUCUUCAUGGGCGUCAUGAUGGCCGGCGGCAUUUUCAGUGGCUGUAACCCGACGUAUUCGCGCCAGGAAUUGGCACACCAGAUCCGAGACGCUGAUCCGGCCUUUGUGUUUACGCAGGGCGGCGAGCCGCUGCGCGUUUGUCGCGAGGCGAUCAAAUCAAUCACAUCAGAGCAGUACCGCGCCCAAUAUGAAAAACACACGUUUGUCGCGGAUGAUCGGAUCUUUGACUCGCUCAACCAGCCUGGUGAGCAAGGUCAGCCUUAUUGGAGCUCGCUAUUCGCCUCCGAAGCCGAGGGCAGCCGGUUCGUCUGGGAUUCGUUGACGGAACCCAACGAGGCCAAAAACACCAUUGUCGCUCUGAAUUACUCGUCUGGCACGACAGGGCUAAGCAAAGGCGUGGAGAUUACUCAUGGGAAUUACGUCUCCAACAUCGUUCAGUACGACUACAUAACAGCAGCUGUCGAUCCAGUCUACGAUGCCGAAGUAAAACGGACCCAGACGUUACUCUGUUUCCUGCCUCUCUACCACGCCAUGGCGCAGAUGCUAUUCUUAGGUGUCGCCCAAUACCGCGGUGCCCCCGUGUACAUUAUGGAGAAAUUUGAUUUUUUGACCGCGCUGCAGAACGUGGAGAAAUUCCGGAUAACGGAUUUGACGCUGGUGCCGCCCGUCGUGGUCAUGUUGGCCAAGCGUGCCGAGACGAAGAAAUUCGAUCUCAGCUCGGUCGUGCGUCUUGGAUCUGGCGCUGCGCCGUUGAGUCGCGAGGUAUCUGAAGAAGCCGAGAAUCUGUGGCCGAAGGGUGUGAUCAAUAUCAAGCAAGGAUGGGGAAUGACCGAGGUAACAUGUUCAUUACUAGGCUGGGAACCCAACCAAACCAGCACCGACAACAGCGUAGGCUGGCCGAAUCCCAACUCAGAAGCCAAAAUCAUGACGCUACCAGACGAAGCCGCCGACUCAGACGACCUGAGCACACGCAAGGAACUCGGCGCAAACCAAUCCGGCGAGCUCUGGGUACGAGGGCCACAGGUCAUGCGCGGAUACUGGAAGAAUCCCAAAGCAACAGCCAACACUUUGACGCCAGACGGAUGGCUGCGCACGGGGGACAUUGCGUAUUAUGACAAGGAAGGAAAAUUCUAUAUUGCUGGCCGGCUCAAGGAGCUCAUCAAAGUCAAGGGUCUCCAAGUGGCACCAGCCGAGCUGGAUGGUGUGUGUCUAGAAUGCGACGGAGUCGCCGAUGCGGCCGUGGUGGGUGUGACGAUAGACAACCAAGAGCAUCCACGCGCAUAUAUUGUGUUACAAGAGGGUUUUCCUGCAACAAAGGCAACCGCAGAGAAAAUUGUCUCACAGUCCAAUGCCAAAUUAUCGCAGCACAAGAGGCUCACAGGCGGUAUAGUGUUUGUCGAUACGCUGCCGAAAAACCCAAGCGGCAAGAUUUUGAGACGGCUACUGAGGGAUCAGGCGCAAAAGGAAGUGCAGGCUGAGCAGUCGAAUAAGAAGAUCAAAGCCUCGUUGUAG